UUACACUAAGGACAUGAUUUUUGUAGAUUACAAUUAAAAAAUACAUAACACGUGUUCUUUUUAACAAAAUAAUAAAUUCCAAGAAAUAAUUAAAAAAUAAUUUAAAAAACCAACAAAAAUAUUUUAUUGGACUGCAAAUUCUGGGGAAAAAUAAUAAAGUGCAAUAACAAAUGCACAAAAAUUUGUUUAUUAUUUGCUUGAUUUUCCUAUUUUACACUGCUGGAAGAUAAAAAUUUACUUUUACCUGUUUUUUUGAAUAUUAUUUCUGAAAAAAAAAAAAAAAAAAAAAAAAACAAAAUUAUCGUUAAGAAAAGUUGUAUUAUUCUAUUGUUUAACAUCGCUGCGUUCACACUUUACAAAAAUGCCCAAAGGAAAAGAGUAUGACGAUUCUGAAAAGAAGUUAAUUUUACAACUACAUCAUGAAGGUCGCUCCAAUAAAAGUAUUUCGAAAAUUGUUAAUCGAACUCCUAGAAAAAUAAACUACAUUAUAAAACAAAUUCAAAAACGAAAGUCCAUUGAAAAUCUACCAAGAUCGGGACGUCCAAAGGUACUGUCAAAGUGUGAAGAGAAAGAAGUUAUCAAUAAAAUUCGCGAAAAUCCACAUCUAUCUGCACCAGAGAUUAAUAAAGAACUGCGGAAACAUUUAAAUAUAAAUGUUUCUGAUGAAACUGUUCGUCGGGUAUUAAGAGAGCAUAAUUGGCAGAGACGUAUUACGGUUCAAGCGAAAUCAAAAGAUCCUGAGCCAAAGACUUAUCUUAAUAAAGAUAUAACCUUUUGGAAAAACGUUGUCUUUAGCGAGUUCAACAUUUUCGGUUUAGAUGGCAGGCGUAUGGCGUGGUCUGAGCAAAGAACUGAUUUUGUCAUGGUUUGGUGUUGUAUGUCAGCCCACGGAGUUGGACAUUUGAGAUUUUAUCAUGAAAUCAGACACCAGCAGCUAUUUUCCGCUAUUUUAGCAGAAAGAUCUGAUGCUAACUCAACAAAACUGGGAUUACACCACAAUGUUUUUUACAUCGAACAGGAUGUGGAGGCCUGGCAUGCAAAAAAUCUUACCAAACUAGAUAAAAGUCCAGAUUUUAAUCCAUUAGAAAAUUUGCUAUUAUAUUUGGAAUAUCAAAUGAGAAAAUAUACUAUAGAAUGCAAAACUAGUUUACAAAAAGCUUUGCUGAAAGAAUGGAACAAAAUUACGCCUGAAAUGUGCUGCAAGAUGGUAGAAUCGCAUUUUGAAGCUGCGAUUGGAUGUUAAUUAUUAAAUUUUGUUAUCUGGAAGAAUUUAGAAACUUUAUAUAUCUUUGUCUGCACUUUUGCAAAGUAACUUUUAUGUAGAUGUAAGUUAUUUAAUUUAUUUAUUUAAGUAAAUAUAGUUUUUAAGCUAUGAAUGUGAUAUGAGACUUGUAAAGUCUGCCUAAAUAAUAUAAUAAAUAGCACAUUUCCAAAAA